AUGGCGCACCGCAUUGUCUCCCAAGUCAUCAUCACCGGAGCCCGGGUCUUCGGCCGCGCCUUCGGUGAAGCCUACAAGCAGGCCCAGGCCACCGGCAAACAUAACGCCGGCAAGAAAGGAGGAAGUGCCUUCAGCGGUGGCUCCGGAAUCACCCUCGAUGAGUCCUAUAAGAUCCUCAACGUCAAGCCCCCCGGUGGCGGUGCCGAACUCAGUGCCGAACAUGUCACGGAGCGAUUCAAGAAGCUGUUCGACCUGAACGAUCCUCAGAAGGGUGGCAGUUUCUACCUUCAGAGCAAGAUUCUACGUGCGCGCGAACGGAUAGAGAUGGAAGUCCGCCAAACGCAGCGAAAGGCGGCGCAGGAUAAGGAAUUGAGUGAAGGCUGGAACCCCAAGGUCUACAAGGACCGGUGA